AUGUCUUUCCACCGCUCCUCGGCCCUCGAGGCGCAGCCCACUACCUGGCGGCGCGAAGACGACCCGCAGUACGCCGACGACCCCGAGUUCCGCGACUUUGCCAACAAGCUCUCCGACGACCUCUUCGCCCUGACCCGCAACGUGGGCCGCCUGUCGCAGGAGCUGGCCAAGCUCGGCACCAAGCACGAGACGGCGCGCGUGCGGGAGCGCGUCAAGAGCACCGUCGAGGAGACGUCGGACAAGUUCAAGGAGAUUGGCGAGGGCCUGAAGAAGAUCACCACAUGGCAUGAUGUCGGCCCGUCGCAAAAGUUCACCCAGUCCAAGCUGAGCCGCGAGUUCAAGGCCUCGCUCACAGAGUUCCAGCACUUGCAGAAGCAGGCCAUUGAAAAGGAAAAGGCGUCUGCAUCAGCCGCGCGCGCCGCCCUGCAGGACACGACGUCGCCCAGCGAAGAGCGCGGCAGCGGUGGUGACUUGAUCCAGCAGCAAGAGCAGGAGCAGCUGCGCCUCGCCAACCAGGACGAGGUCGACUUCCAGGAGUCGCUCAUCAUCGAGCGCGAGUCCGAGAUCCGCAACAUCGAGCAGUCGGUCGGCGAGCUGAACGAGCUGUUCCGCGACGUGGCCCACAUGGUCCACGAGCAGGGCGGCCAGCUCGACGUCAUCGAGGAGAACGUCGAGGUCACGAACGAUGCGUCGCGGGGCGCCCACGUCAACCUCAAGCAGGCGAGUAACUACCAGAAGAGCGCUCGGAGCAAGGCCUGCAUUCUGCUGCUCAUCCUGGCCAUGGUGCUAGUCAUCAUCAUCUUGGCCGUUGUGCUGGAUUAG